UGUUAUUUAUGAAUGCCUACCGCUCACGGGCGUGUGCACGCAGAUUCGUUAUUAUUAUGUUGUAAUAAUUACAAGACAUUGGACAUUGAUUACCGCCGAUGUUUAGGUUAGUCCCGGACCCUGCGGUGCUCGCUGUGUGUGGUUAAAUCCAGACUUUAAUUCAUUGUGGUCGGUGUGGUGCUGACAGCGGCGGCGGCAGACGGAGCGGUGCUCUUUAAUAAUACUGGGUCAAUACACCGAGUCCGCCGCUGUCUGCCAGCCCGCUGUAUCCACCGGAGCCGCUUCACCCCGUCACCCGGAGGUGCUGCCCGAUAAGGUGCGUUGCCAGAGGCAACAGCUGACUGACAAUGUCCUUGUGAGAGUGGGCGGGGCUACCUGGCCCUGAGGUGGUAAGGAGGAGGAGUCUCAGACUUCAGCCCCUCACCCCUCUCCUCCUGCGACAAACCGAACGGACGGACACACAAACGGGUGUGGCUCCCUCUUCCUCUUCCUCCUCCCCUCUCCUCCCCGUUCUCUCCCCGUUCUCUCCCCCUCUCCCCUCCGCAGCCCUCCCCCGUCUCCCCCCUCGGCCCCGUCCCCUGCCACAAUGCUGUGGUCACGCUGCUUGUGGAGAGCCUGAGGAACCAUACUCUGGAAGGCGACCCUGCUCAGCCAGGGGACUUUUCGCUGUCCCUGCUGGACCCGAAAACCCUCGCAGAGUGCUGGCCCCCAGAUGGCUUGAUGCCUGAGAGCAGCUACUGGCAGCUCUGCCCUCCCUCCAAGUCCGGCCUGCAGGGGGGGUUACUGAGCUCUAGUUUCCCCCCCGGCCCCGUGCCCCUGGUGCCCCCAGAUGCUCACCUGCAGGAGGGUGGCGACCCCCUGGACGGCACCCCCUCUCAGCCGCAGCAGCACCGGCCCCUGGCGCCCAGCACCUCAGCGUCCGAGCUGUGCCUCCCGGGAGCGCCGGCAGCCCCUCCCGGCCCCGGGCCCCCUCCACCUCCUCCGCCGCCCCCAAAACGGCACUGCCGUUCGCUGUCGGUGCCCGAAGACCUGUCCCGCUGCCGCUACACCUGGCGGCCCAGCGCCUCGCGGGUCUGGACCCCUGUCAGCCGCCAGCAGUGCCAUGGGGGAGCAGGGGGAGGGGUCACAGGUGGAGGCUUGGGGGCAGGAGGAGGGGUUAUAGGGGCAGGUGCGGCGGGGGGAGGAGCCUGUCCUCUCCGCGCUCCCAGCUCCUCUCUGAACUCGUCGCUGCACUCCUCAUCCAGCCCCACCUUCUUCAGCCUGGCGCUGUCUCCGGACUCCCCGCUGCCCUGGAGCUUCCCCUGGGACCCCAGCGAGGCGGCGGCGGGGGGAGGAGCCUGCUGCUGCUUCUUCCCUUCCCCCUCCUCCUGCUCCUCGUCGCCCUCCCCCCUCCACCCGCCUCCCCCUCCUCAGAGGCGUUUCUCCCUCUCCCCUGUGCUCAUCAGAGACUCGACGGCCUCCACGUUCCUGCCUCCGCCUCCCGUGCCGAGUCAUGCAGCGGCGCGUCCGCCGAGCUGCUCGGCCGUAGCCGGAGUGACCGUGGGGGGCCCCGUGCCCGCCUCACCCUCCUCAGCCUGCAGCACGCCCUCGUCUCUGCGACGCAGUCUGCCGCCGCAACUGCCACGCUGCCACUCGCAGCCCUGCGACCUGCUGCUGCUCAAACCAGGUCUGAAGAGACGCCGCGACCCCGACAGACCCUGCGCUCGACCCGUCCUCGACUUCACCAAGAUGACUCAGACUCGCAGCAUCGACCCGCAGUGUCUGGAGCGCGGCGGCGGCAGGCUGGCCUGCGGUGGCGACGUCUGCAUGGGCAUGGAGUCCUUCAUGGGCGACUUCCGGGGCUCCUGCUCGCCGGCCGAGUGCCUGGGUAGGACCAGCAUCGGGCCGCUGAGCGAGAGCGACGAGGAGUGCCCCGAGGACGAUGACGAGGAUGACGGCGAGGAGGAGGCCGAGGAGCGCGAGGCCGCGCAGCAGGCAGUGUUUGAGAGGGAUUGUACAGAACUCGACUUGAACUUAAUAGAAGAAAACUGACUUAUUUGUAAAUGGAAGGCUGUUUUUUUUUUUUUUUUUUUUUAUUUAGUUUUAAAUUGAUCUGAACCCCCCCUCCCCCUUCUUCCUGGACCACCAUUGUCUCAACACUCCGCGCCUCCUUGCCACCAAUCAGCAAGGCUCUCAGGAACAACACCUUCUCUCAUUGGAUGAGCUGGGGUAAAUAAAGCUGAUUGACGACGACAGUAAUGAUGUGACUACCACCUGUAAAGACUCGACGCUGUGGAAUCCUCCUGGCUGCUUUUUAACAUUUGUGCUGUUAGAAAGCUAGUUUUUAAAAGUGAGAGUAACUCUGGUCGCCUGUGACGAGAGGAGAGUAUUUAACAGGGAAAGCCCUCCUGCAUCUGUCCUUCAGUUACCAACAUGAUCAACAAUGCAUCGUCAUGCUAACAUGCCAACAAGCCAUUGUUCAGGUACCUGAAGCCCAGAUGCAGAGUUUUCCCGCCUCUGUGACUGGACUCCGUCUGUCCAGGUGCGUCGCGGCGUCCUGGUGUCUUCCAACACACAGCUGCCGAGUCUCCGUAACACACCACAGUCUGAGGCCGUCGCCGCACUGCAGCGCCAAACCUGACACGCCAUCACCACGUCCAACACAAACACCAGACCUCUUAAACCUCAAAGAGCUGCUUUAAUCUUCAGUCAGGAUUUAAAAGGUCAGUUUACCUAAAUCAAAAGGCAUCUUUCCUAUCUUCCCUUUCAGCAGUAAAUAAGUUCAACUCAAGAAAUGAUUUCCUAAGUAACAAAACAAAUCUUAGUUUAAAUCUAUCGCAGCCCUCAAUAGACGUCUCAGAUAGAGAUUUAUAUUGUUAUCUGAGUAAAGCAUUUUAGUUUGUGACAAUGUCAUUAUGAGUACAUGUUAAUAUCGAGGCGUUGUUAUAUUCAUCAUGAUAUUAAAGGUCCCAUGGCAUGAAAAUUUCACUUUAUGAGUUUUUUUAACAUUAAUAUGCAUUUCCCCCCCCCCCAGCCUGCCUAUGG